AGAAUAUACCAAGUUAUAUACAGUUAAUUAACUGCGCCAAUUCACCACGAGAAAACCUAAAUUUUAUUGAGGUAGCUUAUUGCACGGCGGCGAUUAGUUGUUUUACUUGUUACAAGAAAAUCAUUCCACGGCGGUGGAGAAAAAACAAAAGAGAGCGAGACAAAGAGAGACUACAAUGGCUGUUCCAAGAGGAGGAAAUGGUUUGAAUGAAGAAGAAGAUGUUGACGGAGAAAACGCUAUCUUUGAGGAAAACGGUGUUGACUACGACACCGAUUCCGAGCUUCCCUCUCACCUCCGUGACUUGGCCGCCGCUGCUCAGGCCGGAGAUGUCGCCGCCUUGCGCACCGCCAUCGACAAUUUGAAUGGGAGAGUCGAUGAGCCACUCGAGGAUAAUGACUCGGCACUUCACUUGGCAUGUCUAUAUGGUCACCUACCUUGUGUUCAGCUGCUCUUAGAAAGAGGAGCUGAUAUGGAAGUGAAAGAUGAAGACGAAGCAAUUCCUCUACAUGAUGCUUGUGCUGGAGGAUACUUGGAAAUAGUACAGCUUCUUUUUAGCCGAGCUAGUAGUCCUGAAUGUGUGAAGAGAAUGAUUGAAACAGCAGAUAUAGAAGGUGAUACUCCUCUGCAUCACGCAGCAAGAGGUGAACAUGUUGACGUGGUUAGGUUUUUGCUGGGUUCCGGGGCUUCACCAACGACACAAAACUCCUAUGGGAAGACACCAGGUGAAUUAGCUGAUUUAAACACUGAUGCUAAGAGGAUACUCGAAGAAGCGAUAAACAACUCAAUGAUCUCCUAGUGAUGCUGCAAAUCUGCAGAGUUCAUUGGCCAGUUUUGGCGACUCAGUGAAGUAGUAGCAAAAUGUUAACUUUUUCUUAAUCCUGUUUUUUGGUGGUUUCAUAUACAAAAGGUUUCAAAUUUUGAUACCUAUGGAAUUAAGAACUUCCGUGUCGGUUUUAAUCAUGAAAUUAUUAUCAGAUUUGAGUAGUACAAAAUAUACUAGUUUCUUUGUAAGAAAACUGGAAUCAAUUUUAAACAUUUCAAACAUCUAUAUUAACAAGAAGGAAAUUGAGCGGUUUAAUAAGUUGGUGGAUUGAAGUGUGAAUACUUGAGAAAUAAAAGACUAAAACAGUAAAAA